AUGGCUCUCGAGCAUAGCGUUAUGCCGCAUUUCUUCUCAUUCGUCGGCGACCACGAGAGAACCGCUUGUCCAGAGUCCGUUGGCUCGACGCCGAACAUGUGGGGAAGGCUAUCGCUGCAGAAGAUGGGCAGCUGGUUCAAGAAGGAGGACGGAGAGUUCGCGCACUUGCCUGAGUGGACAAAUCAAGAGCUGCCUCGACGGGAGCGGGAAGACAGAGCGAGCAUUGCAGAGAGGCGGCAACCGAGAAGGGCGAUACCGAGCCUCCCGAGACCCAUCACUUUCAGAAGACAGAACUCUGAGCGUCGCGAGAAACUUUCGCCCACCAAGACCAGCUUUGCAGAGCGGAGAGCCUACUCCGUUGACCGGCAAGGUACCGUCUCCUUUCGGAGAUGCUCAUCCCCAUCGCCUGCCCCUCUGCCUUCACGGUCUUUCCCGGAUGUUUCAGACACGGGCAAUGGGACGUCGUUGGACGGGCUUCGGGCAGUGAGAAGUUCUGACGCAUCAGAGGAUGCAAGGGGUGCCCGCGAUGGCUCGGAGCAGAUAGGACAGUCGGAUCAGCCGCCGCCUCUUGAACCCGCCGACGCAUUUGUAGAACAGGAAACAUCGUCCGUGGGUCUGGAUUCCGAGACACUAGUGCAGGAGUUGGAGGCCAAAUGGAUACUGAACCUGAGCAUGCACUUCCGAGACCAGUCUGAGCGCGAGAAGUUCUUUAUUACCUACGCUGAGGAGCCGAACGAAUGGCGGCGAGUCACUGUAUCCUGCGAUUACCGUCACGCCCAAUCGGGUUCCCUGGAGGCUGAGCUGAAGACGUUACACUACCAACGAGAUAAGAUCCUUCGCAUCUACGACUCAAUCCGGGAGAGCUUGCCAGAUAUACAAUUUUUCGACACCGUCACCAAUCUUAAACUAGAAACGGAAGACAGCCAGCUCCACGUUCAUGUUACUGAGGAUGUCAAUGAGAUUAUUCCCUACCCGCCUUUAUCAUCUUUCAACCAUAUUGAUUGUCCCAGAUUCCUGGAAAGUCAGGUCCAUUUCGAGUCCCAUAUUUCCGGUUUCGUGUACAAAGUUAAGGUCAGCGGCCGUACAUACAUCAAGAAAGAGAUACCCAGUCCGGAGAAUGUGGACGAGUUCAACUAUGAAGUCAAUGCACUCCAUGACCUAGAGGGAUCAGAGAGCGUCAUUCCAUUCAGUGGUCUAAUCGUGGAUGACGAUAGCCGUGUCGUCAAGGGUCUUCUCAUCCCCUACGCGGAGCAGGGCGCCCUGGUUGACCUUUUGUUUGACCGGAAGGGUACGCCUUCGAUGUCCUGGGGCAGGCGGGAACGCUGGGCCAAGCAAAUUGUGCGAGGCCUAUCCGAGAUUCACGGGGGCGGCUUUGUACAAGGAGAUUUUACGCUGUCGAACAUCGUCGUUGACGCUAACGAUGAUGCCAAGAUCAUCGAUAUCAACAGAAGAGGCUGUCCCGUAGGGUGGGAGCCACCAGAGCUGACAACUAGGAUCGACGCCGGUCAGAGGAUCUCGAUCUACAUCGGCGUCAAGACGGAUCUCUUCCAGCUCGGCAUGGUGCUGUGGGCUCUGGCCGAAGUGCAGGAUGAGCCGGAGCGAGAGGAGCGGCCGCUGGAGUUCACAUCUGCAAGUGACAACGUACCUUCUUACUUCAAAGAUAUCGUUAGGACUUGCCUAAGCAGCAAGCCCAGAGAAAGAGCAUCAGCAGAGCACUUGCUGACGCUGUUCCCUGAGGUUACCCGAGAGCAUGCAAGGCCUCUGGACGAAUUCAGGCACAGCGUAUCAACCCACCGCUCGGACAAAGAGUAUAUCGAUCCUGCUGUAGCUGUGGGUCGAGAAGAUAUCGACGAGUACCGGACUAGGAAUGCGGCUACGAACCUCUCCGCUCCGUCCACUGGAUUUACCUUUGCAGAUGCCGUACCUUCAACUGAGUAUCAGUUCGACAGCUCCCACUCUUACCUGGUUGGACGCCGUGGAAGAUCCCCCAUUGGCAGUGGCAGGAGGCGGUACGAACACUCUCCUUACGCUCGUAACUCGUCGACUGUGUCCAUCGACGACAGCGAGCUGAAUCACGACACCUUGCUCCUACCAUCAGGCCUCGAGCGGGAAUGGGAGCGCGUCUACAUCGAUGGUGGUCCUUCGCUCGUCCAACGAAGUUCCCUCCGUCCGAUCGUAAGCGAUCUCGAUCUACGCGAAGAAGGCGUUCCAUGUCUAUCAACAGAUGAUUCUCGGACGCCGCAGGCGAGCAGCAAUCUUGCCAUCGAUUCUCUGGCGCUCGCGGGUAUCUCGGCCAUAGACUGCCACGGGCCGCCCGAAUUGCCAGGCGCUUCCAUGGACAUGCCGAAGAAGCAGUCGUUCCACGAGAGAGUACAGAUGCUCCGCCGGAGUAAUGACAGUGCACUGGCUGAUCUGGAGCUCGAGGCGGCGCAGGAGCGGACACCGGAAGCGAAGGGAGUGGUAGAGGAUUUUCGCUUUGGUCCGCCGGUGCAUCAGGACUCAGGCUUCAGUGAACCGAAGGGAAGUAUGGCUGACAUGGAUGCAGCGAACGCGGAAUCACGAAGCGGGACAGAUAUAGCUGCGGCACCUUCGACAGCUGUCCUAACAUCCAGUGCAAACAACGCACCUUCUGCGUCCUCGGAAGUCGACUUUAAGGAACCCCUUAUGGAUAUUCCCUUAGUAGCGCCAGCAGACACACAACUGGAUGGUCCGACCACCAUUCCGCUCUCUCACCUCCCAGCCCGUGAGCCACAGAACCUUCUUGAGCAAUGCGGCAUUCCAGUCUCCCACCGACAGAUAUCGGAGCAGGAUGCCUUUGUGCCCCCUUCGCCCAAGGAUUCUUAG